UAGUAUCUGUUGUAAAUCCGACAUGAUUGGAACGAAGUUUUGGUCAUGACAACAUGGCGCUCAAUGGGGAAAGGUCAGCCCUCUCGGGGCUUUCCGACCUCCGGAAAGAGAAGGCAGAGGAGAAGGAGAACCUUUGGAAGAAAAUCCUAGGCGAAGUACAAUCGAGUGAGCGCAAUAAAUUACCAUCGUGCAAGUCUGUUCUCGUCCUGGGUGACAAUGAGUCAGGGAAAACUACACUCAUUGCCAAGCUACAGGGGAAUGAGGACCCCAAAAAGGGAUCAGGCCUUGAAUAUGCCUACAUCGAUGUUAGGGAUGAAUACAGAGAUGAUCACACACGACUCAGUGUCUGGGUUCUUGACGGUGACCCCAAACAUGCUGAGCUUCUGGAGUUUGCAGUUAAUGCAGACAAUUUGGAACACACAUUGGUAUUACUGACAGUGUCAAUGACAGCCCCUUGGGGAAUCAUGGACCAGCUUCACACAUGGGCCUCCACUCUCCAAGACCACAUAGACAAGAUCAACCUGGAUCCUGACAAGUUUAAAGAUCGGCAAGAUAAGAUGGCUCGGUUAUGGCAAGACUACGUAGAGCCUGGAGAUGAACUAGAGGCUGGGUCACCCAUGAAGCGGUCAUCAAGAAACCUGGAGAACGACGAUGAACCUGUCUUGCCUCUCCCAGAAAAUGUUCUUACCAGAAAUCUUGGACUUCACGUUAUAGUUGUAGUUACUAAGACUGAUUAUAUGUCAACUUUAGAAAAGGACUUUGAUUAUAAAGAAGAACACUUUGACUUCAUUCAGCAGUCAAUUCGAAAGUUCUGCCUUCAGUAUGGUGCAGCUCUUUUCUAUACUUCAGUGAAGGAGGACAAGAACUGCGAUCUGUUGUACAAGUAUCUAGUCCAUAAAAUCUACAACUUCCCAUUCAGAACCCCAGCACUUGUUGUUGAAAAAGAUGCUGUGUUUAUACCGGCAGGUUGGGACAACGAUAAAAAGAUUGCAAUCCUUUAUGAAAAUAUGCACACAAUGAGCCCAGAUGAUUACUAUACAGAUGUCAUUGUUAAGCCGCAAGUGGUUCGUAAGGCUGUUGCCCGGGAGGUGGAGGUUCAGGCUGAGGAUGAGCAAGCAUUCUUAGCGCGGCACCAAGCACAGUUACAAGCAGGAGGCCCAGGUGCACCCAAUGCUACACAAGGUCGUCAAGAAUCACCACUUAGACAGUCACCAGCUGUACAGAAGACCAGUGACCGACGGGUAUCUUCAACUGGAACACCAAAUCAAAUUGGUUCGCCAAAGAAGAUUGAAUCAACGAAGCCUGGAGUUGCUGGAGCAAAUGAAGGAGUCCUUGCAAACUUCUUCAAUUCUCUUCUUAGUAAGAAAACUGGAACAAAUGCCCCAGUACCUGGAGCCAUAAAAACUAAUGAGAAGGCUGCCAUGCGAUCAGAUGCUGCUGCUGAGCUUGAUCGUUUAGGGAAGGCCGAGAGGAAAAAAAAAAAAAAAAACGCGGAUCGUGCCAAGAAGGGCCAAAAGCAGCAAAAUAGUUCCUCCAGAAACUACAACUUGGGUGACUCCUCUGAAUGUUUGACCUCCCAGCUUGGCUCCAGUCUACACCAAAAUCUACCGUCUGUGCUAUGGAAAGAGGUUGUUUGGUGCCACCUCUCCUGAACAGUCUACACGUUACAGUCAGUUUUUGGGCUAAGAGAAUGGAAACACUUUUCAUUUUGCUUGUACGUUCAAUUGUGGUCUGGGUUGGCGUCUAGCCUGUCUGGUUUUUCCUGUCAGCGAUUCUCUGGCAAGGGAAUGUGAGACCUAAUCUGUGGUGUAGCUUUGUUUCAUAGUUUCCUUUUAUGAUAAAAUUCAUUUUUAAGAUCUACCUUUAUUGGAAAGGUAACCAUACUGUAAUAGUAAUAAUCAACUGUAUGCAUCUAU